AUGGUGUCCUGGAUCAUCUCUCGCCUGGUGGUGCUCAUCUUUGGCACCCUGUACCCAGCCUACUCUUCCUACAAGGCCGUGAAGACAAAAAACGUGAAGGAAUAUGUGAAAUGGAUGAUGUACUGGAUCGUCUUUGCCUUCUUCACCACUGCCGAGACACUCACAGAUAUCGUGCUCUCCUGGUUCCCCUUCUACUUUGAGCUCAAGAUCGCCUUUGUGAUAUGGCUGCUGUCCCCUUAUACCAAAGGCUCCAGCGUGCUCUACCGCAAGUUCGUGCACCCAACCCUGUCCAACAAAGAGAAGGAGAUCGACGAGUACAUCACACAGGCCCGAGACAAGAGCUAUGAGACCAUGAUGAGGGUGGGCAAGAGGGGCCUGAAUCUGGCCGCCAAUGCUGCAGUCACGGCUGCUGCCAAGGGCCAGGGGGUGCUAUCAGAGAAGCUCCGAAGCUUCAGCAUGCAGGACUUGACCCUGAUCCGGGACGAGGACGCGCUGCCCCUGCAGGGGCCCGACGGCCACCUCAGAGCCAGCCCCGGCAGCCUCCUGGACACCAUUGAAGACCUGGGAGAUGACCCCACCCUGAGCGUAAGGUCAGGCACCAACCAGGCAGAUCCCCGGACAGAGAUCUCUGAGGAUGACAUGGGAGACAAGGCCCCUAAGAGGGUCAAACCCAUCAAAAAAGUGCCCAAAGCUGAGCCACCGGCUUCCAAGACGCUGAAGACCCGGCCCAAGAAAAAGACCUCCGCAGGGGGUGACUCAGCUUGAGGCCCCAGCCCCCUCCCCGCAGGCUGCAGAAUCCCAGCUCCACACUGUGCCAGCAGCCCUCAGCCUCAGGCCCCGGGGCCUCUCAGAUGGCUGUUUCCGGUGCCUCCCAGUGGCCAUUCCCCUGGAAGGGCUUGGGAAAGAGAAGGGAGGCCCUGCUGUGGGGGGCCGAGGGUAGAGGCUGGACCCAGGAGCUGAGGAUGGAGCCACUCGAGGAGGUGCGGGCCCCCCAGAGCCCGAAUGCUACUCUCCCCGCUCCAGCCCUGACCCCGCCCACCCAGUGCCUUGCUGAAGACCAUGGCCAUCCUCUUGUCCUAACACACGGCCCCACUGCUCUCCCCAAGUCAGGGUGGGCGGCCAGUCACAGCCCAGAUUGACUGGAGCCUGAAGGCCCAGCAGAGAAGGAGGAAGUGGGGAGGCCUCGGAGAACCUGGGCUCUGGGCCUGCAGGUGUGAAUGGAGGACAGGGGCUCAGUGGUGUUUAAGUGACCAGGAACCAGGCCAGAGCUGCAGUUGGGGGUGUUGGGUAGGGCUGUGAGCUACCUUUGCCCACUGAAAAGAGGUGGGGCUCCAGGUGUGUGCGUGUGUGUGAAAGAGAAAAUUGUGUGUGUGUGUGUAUGUAUUUAUCUGGGUCUAGAGCUGGGGGCUUUUGAGUAAAGGACUUUCCCUCCAGCAGUAACCUCCCCCCACCCAACCCAGCUGCCCUUUCCCCCUUGGCUCUCCUGCCUACUCUCUGAGCCUCAGAGGACCCCAGCCCAUGAGAGAGUAGGGCUCUAAGGGGCCUCUCACGCGCUCCUCUGCCCUUGAUCCCCUCCUCUUUUGCCUCCUCCCAUUCCUCCCCCGGGAUGGGGCUCCAUCCCCUCUGGGCCCUCAGUAGAGGCCCCUGCUGAGCCGAUUCCUUUUCUCCUCUCCUGGGGGCCCAUCUUCCUUCCCCGUAAGGCCCUCUUCCUGUGCCAAGCAGACUAGGCCCCCUGUAACAGACCCCUGUCAGACCCCAGCCUUUGCCCUACACUUGGCCCCAGCUUCUGCCGUGGCUUCUUUCCGUCAGGGCUCGGAGGAGCGUGUAAAGAAGAAAAAGGUAUUAGGAGCCAGGGGGCUCCAGAUCCGUGGGAAGAGGGUGCCCA